UUGGUCCGGCCAGAACAGUGCUUAAUCAUCUCGUGCGUUAGACGGUCGCAUUCUCCAUUCGGGUCUCGUGAGUUUUCCUGGUAUCGCCUUCUGGAACGGUUGCGCUACCUGCACAAGAAAAGGAUAUUCGGAUUACAGUUACAAAGUGGUGCUUUAAAGAGUGCUCAAGCAAAUAUCAAACGAUGGCUGCUGAAUUGAAUGUCUUGUCGCCAAAUGUGCAUUACAGUGACAAUUACAUUGAAGUAGAUUACCAGUAUCAGACAACAUCGGUUCUCAGCAAUGGACCGGCUGGAUUUACGGUACGCCCGGAAACCACCGAGUUAAGCAUCCGAACGGAUCGACGCGUACCCCGCCUUGGUCUCAUGCUUGUAGGAUGGGGUGGUAACAAUGGGUCCACUUUGACUGCCGCUCUGGAAGCCAACAAGCGCGGAUUGGAGUGGAGAACACGCACUGGUACCCAGAAGGCCAACUGGUAUGGCUCGAUCACGCAGGCAUCCACUGUCCUGCUAGGAACGGAUGCCGCGGGACAAGAUGUUCACAUCCCGAUGAAUAAACUGGUCCCGAUGGUUUGCCCGGAUGAUAUCGUUGUCGAUGGAUGGGACAUCAGUGCGAUGAAUAUUGGCGAUGCCAUGAGUCGUGCUAAGGUGUUGGACAUUCCGCUGCAGGAUCAAGUCUAUAAAAAGCUGUCUCAGCUGAAGCCUCGGCCAUCCAUAUACGAUCCGGACUUUAUUGCUGCAAACCAGGCAGAUCGUGCUGACAAUACAAUUCCUGGAACCCGCUACGACCAAUACCAACAAAUUGUUAAGGAUAUUCGUGAAUUUAAAAAGUCCUCCGGCGUUGAGAAGGUCGUAAUUUUGUGGACUGCGAAUACCGAACGCUUUGCUGAGGUUAAGGUGGGAUUGAACACUACUAUGGCCGAGUUGGAGAAGUCACUGAAAGAAAAUAAAUCGGAGAUUUCACCGUCCACUAUUUUUGCAAUGGCUGCUAUUAGUGAAGGUUGCAUCUAUAUUAACGGUUCUCCGCAAAACACGUUUGUACCUGGAGUUAUUGAACUAGCUGAUCAUCACGGAGCAUUCAUCGCGGGCGAUGAUUUCAAAUCCGGUCAGACUAAGCUAAAAUCUGUACUGGUUGACUUUUUGGUAUCUGCCGGUAUCAAACCGGUUUCUAUUGUUAGCUACAAUCAUUUGGGCAACAACGAUGGGAAGAAUCUAUCUGCACCGCAACAAUUCCGUUCGAAAGAGAUUUCCAAAAGCAACGUGGUUGACGAUAUGGUAGCCUCAAAUAGUUUGUUGUACAAGCCAGACGAACAGCCAGAUCAUUGCGUGGUUAUCAAAUACGUACCGUAUGUCGGCGACAGUAAACGAGCCAUGGACGAGUACACUAGCCAGAUUAUGCUAGGCGGUCACAAUACCUUGGUGAUCCAUAAUACCUGCGAGGAUUCGUUGUUGGCCUCGCCACUUAUUUUGGAUUUAGCUAUCCUCGGGGAACUCUGCUCCCGAAUCCAGAUUAAGAAGAAAAGCGAAAGCACUGGGGAGUACUUGCCCUUCCGGUCAGUCCUGUCGCUGCUUAGCUAUCUGUGCAAGGCUCCUCUCGUUCCAGAUGGAACACCAGUUGUGAACUCACUUUUCCGACAACGGUCUGCGAUUGAAAACAUCUUACGGGCAUGUGUUGGACUACCACCGCUUAGCCAUAUGGCAAUGGAACAUCGAUUCAAUCUAAACGUAUCUGCAUCUGAACCACCAGCAAAAAAGAUUAAGAUCUCCAACGGGUCUGCGACCAAUGGAAUUUCUAAUGGAGCUCAGCAAGCCAGCGGUAAAUUCUUCGCAAAUGGAAAUGGCUUGCAUGACCCUGCUGAUUGUUGAGAGGAACAAUUGCAGUUAAAACCUAUCGUAACCCAGUUACCAUUGUCUUCUUUGUUGCAUAUGUUCAUAUAGAAACAUUUUUCGAUGAUUUUAAGUACCUAACCAAGGUUUUUUGGAGAUUGGUAAUUCAACCAGAACAGCAAUUUAUUCCGGAUUUUCGUAACUCGAACUGAAAAUUCAAAAAGAACACAUACUGCAUGCCAAAAUCUCGAAUUUAGUUAUAAGGUAUUACCGAAUGGAAAUAUGAACUGUUCUCUUCGUAUGUAAGAAAUAGUCCAAAUUUGAUCAGGAUGGUUACUAUUGGAAGACAAUCCGGUGCAUUAUCCAUAUUAUUGAAAGAAGGAUGUUAUUUGACAGUAAAUUAGAACAAAAUUAAUUUGAAAAAGCAGAUCAAAGCUCUUAGCUGUUGCGGUAUCCGAUACACAAACUAUACAUUAAGAAGUGUAUGAAUGUAUACAAAUAAAAUAAUUGAUCGUCCAAAUAUGAUUGCUAGAAUGAA